AGUGCCAUCAGCUUGGGAGGCUGGUUGACCUACGGCGGCCAUGUCGACUCCGAGGGCACUUUCAAGUGCAUGAAGGCUGCCUACGACUCUGGCGUUAACUUCUUCGAUACGGCUGAGGGCUACGCCAACGGCGAGAGCGAAAUUGGUAUGAGCAGUCGACAGUAACCCCCGGCAAGAGAAGGAGCACUGAUUUUAUGAUAGUUAUGGGUCAGGCCAUCAAGAAGUACGGCUGGAAGCGCAACGACCUCGUCAUCUCUACCAAGAUUUACUGGGGUGGCGCCUUUGGCGACAACGUUGUCAACAACAAGGGUCUGUCUCGCAAGCACGUUAUCGAGGCCAUGGACGCGUGCCUUGAGCGUCUCGAUCUGAAAUAUGUUGACCUCGUCUACGCUCACCGUCCCGAUCGCCAAACACCCAUGGAGGAGACCGUCCGCGCCUUCAACCACCUGAUCAACACCGGCAAGGCCCUCUACUGGGGAACAUCCGAAUGGAGCGCCGACGAGAUCGCCCAGGCCUGGCGCUACGCCGACAAGCUGAACCUUGUCGGUCCCAUCAUGGAGCAGCCCUCGUACAGCAUGCUUGACCGCAAGAAGGUCGAGCACGAGUUCUUCCACCUCUACCGCGAAGUCGGCACCGGUCUGACCGUCUUCUCUCCCCUGCGUCAGGGCAUCCUUUCCGGAAAGUACAAGAACGGCAUCCCCGAGGACUCCCGCUUCGGCUCCGAGAACAUUGGAUUCAUCAAGGACUUCUGGAAGAGAGAGAACGCCAAGAAGCAAUUCCAGGAUCUCGUCGAUAAGGCCAACAAGAUCGAGCCCAUUGCCGAGAAGCUGGGAAUCAAGAUGGCCACCCUGGCGCUUGCCUGGGUUCUGAAGAACAAGAACGUCAGCUCUGCCAUCAUUGGCGCGAGCAGCCCCGAACAGGUGUUUGAGAACAUCCGGGCUAUCGGCGCGCAAGAGAAGUUGACGGAUGAGAUUAUGAAGGAGAUUGAUGAGGCGCUGGAGAACAAGCCUGAUGCCAUCAUUCCGAGAUUCUAGAGUGGCCGAAUAUGAUGUACGAGAACAUGAAAUGAAAACUUCGAGGUACACACGGCCUCGACUAUAGCACGUACAUAUACGAAAUACCAAUCGAAUAAUACACAAAUGUCAACUCCACAUAUGGUCACUGUUGAAAGAGCGUACGGCAAAUACGACGAAGACAUCAGGAUUGCUCAAAGAGGUGAAUCUACACAUCCUCUAUAGCUGAGCAAAGUUGAUGAGUCUGUCGGGGUGGGCGAGCCACUGCACUCUGGCCAAGUGGUCUAGCGUGCAACGUCUCCGUCCAGAGAUCGCAAACUGAAAUUAUCCAACC